UUUCUUUAUGAUAUCUAUCCGACUAUACUAGCUAUUUGACUAUUGUUUGUAGUCUCUGAUGUGGCUUAAUGGAUUCGAUUUCUGUUCCCAAUCCUAAACCUAAACAAAUGUUUUACCUGAAAUGGCCAUGGAAUGAAACAAACCCUAAUUCUAGUCCUGGUCCCUGCAAGUUUGAGGGUCCUUGGCCAUUGAAAUCUCUCCAAAACCUUGGUUUAAUACCUUUCAAUUUUGCGAGCUCUGUUUCAGGUUGGAAAAAGAAAACGACUCUCACACAGUCGGAGGCAGAACAGAGGGCAUUUGCUUCGGCUCUGGCAAGCGCCAAGGAGGCGACUUUGGUGGAAUUCUACUCAGCCAAGUGCAGGCUCUGUAAUUCCCUGUUCAAAUUUGUUUCCGAAGUCGAAACCCGGAACUCUCACUGGCUCAAUAUUGUCAUGGCUGAUGCUGAGAAUCCCAAUUGGCUACCUGAGAAGCAGAAUGUUUUUUGGCUUUUGCUGGCCUUUGAGAAUCCCCACAUGGGAUCAAACUUCAUCUCAGCCAAGGUUUCUGUUUGGUUGCAUAAAUUGCAUGAGCAUUCUGUGCAUCCGAGUUAUUUCCUGGCUUGGUAAAUCCAACUGACAUUUUUUUCGUACAAGAGUUCAUGAUGCUGAGUGUUAUUGCUUCACUUCAUUUCUGUUACUGGAUUGUUGUAGAAUAAUAAUGGCCAUUUAGUAUAAUGGAAGAGACAGAAAAAAUGAACUAGUAAAUCUGGGAGACAGAUAAGAAGGCUGUUCUUCUAACAAGCAUGUAGGAAAAAUAAAAAAUAACCUAUUACAGUUCUGGGAAAAUGAAACUAAGUUACAGCAAUUAAACCCUUUUCUUAACAGAAACCCUUGAUAAAAAUAAUAUCUAUCUAUUGCAAUAGAUCUAAUUCUAGUAUAUAAAAUAAUUUUCAUGAAUAGGAACUAAACGACUAGAAUAAUACUUUUACAAUAACUGUUCUAGAGUAGUAUGGACAAUACCAUGCAGCCACGCAACAGCAUAGGUGUUAUGAUGUUAGCUAUGUUUUUUCUGUUAUGGAGAUUGGUUUAUAUGCCAUUGGACUGUGAAGAAUAUAAAUUUUGGUUUGAUGUUUUGUAAUUAUUUUAUAUUGUUCUGUUUCUUUAAUUGUUGUGUAUAAACUUACAUAUCAGUUUGGUUAUUAGGAAGAAUUUAAUGGGGCAUGGGGGUUUAGCAAAUAAUAAGAUAAUUAUUCAUUUUAUGCUGAACCACGUUUGGGCAGACCUGACUAAGCCAUUAGGUUGACGUUCUGUGACUCUGUCUCCUGCUCCAAGCCAUGUUUUUUACCUCUUCAAGAUGCAGACCUGUUUGUCAAUUUUGUUUUCCUCAAAUGUGAUUGUGGUCAAUAUAUCCCUUUGAAGAAGUAUUGUUUUGUCGUCUCUUCAUCUCUGUAACUUUGGCCUUUUUUUUUUUGUUCAUUCUUUCAGAAUGACCUCUACAUGCAAGCAAACCAUGCAAAUUUUAUUUGCACUACUGUUUCUGCUUAAAUUGGCCUUAACCCAGUAUCUUGUCUUGGAUUAUGUACAUCAUGCAUUGAUGCUGCUUCCAUGUUUAACCUUACCUUUCAACUGAAAAAAUGCUGCUUCCUUGAAUAUCUCAAUUAUCACCGUAUACUAAUAAAAAUUGAUGAAUGGGCAAUGCCCAAAUUUGUCCAAACUAAGACAUCCAUCCUAGGAUCACACUUCAGCCAAAAAUUAUCACCAUAUACUUAAUUUUCUAGAUCCAUUUUCCAUAUAUGUCCUUCGGUGUAUAUAGUUUCUGUAGAAAUGUGAUUUCGGCGUAUUCCCAUGUGAAACUUGAGAUGAUGGUUCUGUGAAGAAACAUCAGUUUUUUGGAAGGAUCUGGAAGAACAUAUUACAUAUUUUAAUUAUAAAGUAAUAUACAUUUUCAAUAGAGAAGAUACAUGAGCCUUUAUCUUUUUCUUGAUGGAAACAGUAGAAUUUCAAAUUUAGGAAGCAGUUGGAAGUUUUGUUUAAAUACCUCAGCUUGCUAUUCGUAGAAAUUAUGUUGACCUUGAAAAAAUCUAUUUACUUGAAAUUCCUUUGAAAUAGUUCAAGCUCUCAGUACUAUUGUAUUACCUUCAUUUUGGUGUUUUUUUCUAUCUUCUGAUUCCUGAAGGAUAAUGUUGUAUAGAAAUCAUUGAACAUGUUAUUUAUUUGUUUAAUAUCAGGAGAAUCCAUUUUGUUCUCAUUACUUCUUGCUGACUUGGUUUUGAAUGUUCGUA